CGACGGCAGAGGGCCGCUGGAGGCACUCAUGUCGGACGAAGACAGCCUGCCUGAGGGCGUGUCGGUGGCCGACGUGCGCCAUGCAGUGUCGGGCAUAGACCCCGUCCUGUGCAAGGCGCUCCUUCUCUGCGCGAGGCGGGACGACGGCCUGGAGGGUGUCACCUGGCGACAGCUUCUCGCGGACGAGAGCGAGGGCGACGACGAGGGACGGGAGGUGCUCGUGGACGAGGACGAGGGAGGGGAGGUGCUCGAGGCGGAGAACGAGGUCGACGGCGGGUCCGAGGAGGAGGACGAAGACAAUGGGAGCGACAUGGAGACCCUCUUCCGCAAGGUGAAGGCGCGCGACUUCGCCGCUAUCGAUGUGCUCGUCGCGCUCAUCCACCUGCUGCACGAGGCCUUCCGCAACGGCGACUCCGAGAUGUGGUCAGUCGCUGUCAACAGCGACAACGCCCUGUACAACCGUAAGUUGUGCAUGACGAUCGAGGAGACGCACCUCAAGCCGGAGCCGUGCAAGCUGGUGCGCGAGGGCAAGGUGGCCGCCAUCGCGUUCCACAUCUCGAGGCGUGCACAAACUGCGCCGGAAGAGGUCACGUCGCUCUCCGACCUGUGCCGCCUGCUGGCGGACCUCCUUCGCUGGGGGGUGCUCUCAGGACCGUCGGAUGGCGACGAGAUGCUCGAGGUACGCGCGCUCGCCGCGGCCCUGUGCAAGGGCAAGGAGGCGCCCGAGCUUCUGCGGUACGCCGAUUCGCUCGGCCACAGCUUCGGUGCUCAGGAGAUCGACGACGCCCUCCUCUCUGCCGCCUGCCUUCACUGGGCGAGCGGCAAUGGCCGCGGCAAGCCGUGGAAGGCUUUGCUAAAGCAGCUGACCUCCUCCGCCAUGCAGCACCAGUGGACAGGGACGCCGCCUUUCGGCGCUGCACCAAAGCUGAACGCCUGGCUCAAGCUGAAGGGCCUCAACGACGAGCAGCGAGCUUUUGCCUUGAGGCGCUAGGCGCGGCGCACACAGAACGCACCUGCGCUGCGGAGGCGCCCGGGCGCCGCACGGCCCUGCUUGCGUCACUGUGCGAGCUCGCUAGGCGAGCAUGCUUCGGCGUGGGGAGGGGCGCGGGGAGUACGUACUGACGGUAAGUAGCAUGAGGAGAGAGCGGUGGGUGGGGUCUGAGUUCUCGUCCGUCCCUCCCACCACCCGACGAGCCAUAGUAAGGGAGCAACGUAUGUAAAGCGCGCGGCGCGGACACAGCCGGAGAGAUUGCGGGUCGGUUGUGUCUCUGUGUGAGAAAGUGAAAGCUGAAACUAUAAUG